AUGAGUGUGACCGCUGCUCUCGUCGCACCGCCGUUGCGCAGGAGGCGUGGCAAUUGCUGGUGCGUGUGCCGCCCCCUUCCGCCUUCCUGCAGAGGCCCCCCUUUACCCUUCGGCCACGUUAUUGUUGUUAUUAAUUUGGUCGGGGGUGCGUGGGGUGGGUGGAAGUGCACGGAGAGUGACUGGAGGGACUUGAUGGCGGUCGCGAGGGAGAUGGCGGAGGCGGAGAUUGAGGGGCAGUACUGCAGCUGCAAGCCGGAGUUUGUGCAGGGGCUGCGGGUGGGUCCGCAGGCCGAGGCGGAGGGGGAGAUUGUGUCUUCAGGCCCCCAGUGCGUCGGUCACAAUUCAAUUUGUUGUGGAAGGUGA